AUGCAACUGAUCUUUGUCAUUGCCGCCCAUCUUUCUCCCCAUCCGCAUCUCUUCACUGGUGAAUCUCUCUUCUUGCUGACAUUUGACACAUUAUGUCUGGGUGCUAUUUUGAUUCAAAGAGCAACGACAGCAGCACGGCUUUGUUCAUGCAAUGGAAGCCUUAUGGUUUGCUGGGAGAUUGAACAAUCCUUACAAAGUUCAACGGGUGAGGCUUGCUAUUUGUUUGGCUAUCCAAAGAGGCUUGUUUCAAAAUAUUGCCAACUAGUACAUAUUUCAGAAUCAUUAGCAUCUAUUGGCACUCCUCUUUUUCCUUCUCUAGAGAUGGAAUUGCAGAAAACUGUUAGGAACCAGCUGGAAACUCCGAAAGUUCGCCCUGCAGCGCUGAAAUCUAUAGUAAGCUAA